GGCGUGGAGCGGGUGACGUCAAUGUGCGCCAGACUUGGCCCCGGAGGCGUCGCGCGCAGACGGCGUAGCCAUGUUGCCGAGGACGGGUGUCUCCAAACAGGACAUUCGUGAACACAUUUGGGACUACAUGGAAUCACAGAAUUUAGCUGACUUUCCCCGUCCUGUUCACCACAGGAUUCCCAACUUUAAGGGGUCUUACCUGGCUUGCCAAAACCUCAAAGACCUAGACGUUUUUGCCAGAACUCAGGAAGUUAAAGUGGACCCUGAUAAACCACUAGAAGGCGUUCGGCUGCUGGCACUGCAGAACAAAAAAACAUUGUUGGUUCCAACACCACGACUGAGAACCGGGUUGUUUAAUAAGAUCACACCACCCCCUGGGGCAACUAAAGACAUCUUGAGAAAAUGUGCCACCUCUCAGGGUGUGAGGAACUACAGCGUCCCCAUAGGCUUGGAUUCCAGAGUCCUUGUGGAUUUAGUUGUGGUGGGAUCCGUGGCCGUUUCUGAAAAAGGCUGGAGAAUCGGGAAGGGAGAAGGCUACGCCGAUCUGGAAUAUGCCAUGAUGGUGUCCAUGGGCGCCAUCAGCAAGGAGACGCCAGUGGUCACCAUCGUCCACGACUGCCAGGUUGUGGACAUCCCUGAAGAGCUCCUUGAGGAGCACGACAUCACUGUCGACUACAUUCUCACUCCAACCAGAGUCAUCGCCACAGGCUGCGAGCGCCCAAAGCCAAUGGGAGUCACCUGGUCCAAGAUCAGCCGGGAGAUGAUGGAGAAAAUCCCAGUACUGAGGAGACUCCGUGCCCGAGAGCAGCAGGCUGGGAAGGAUGUCACCCUCCAGGGUGAGCACCGGCAUCCUCCGGAACCAGGCCGGCAGCAGACGGUGCCCUGGAGUGCUGGCAGAAGGCCCCAGGACACACCUGGGCCAGAAGCCAAUUCCAUGGAGGCAGCCUGUGGCUCCCCACUAGGGGAGGGUGCCCCGCUUGCAGCCGAUGUUUAUGUUGGGAACCUCCCCCAGGAUGCCCGUGUGAGUGAUCUGAAGAGAGCCCUGCGGGAACUCGGUUCCGUGCCCCUGCAGCUCACGAGGGAGGGCCGGCGGCACAGGGCCUUCCUCCGUUACCAGGACGCAGCCGCAGCCCAGCAGGCCAUCUCCUGCUUGCAGGGCCUGCGCCUGGGCACUGACACCUUGAGGGUGGCGCUGGCCAGGCAGCAGAGGGACAAGUGACCUCAUGGAAAGCCACAGAGCCCACUGCUGGUUCGCCAUCCGCAUCACCUGCCGCACCGGUUCCCGUGGCACUCGAGGCCUGUGUGGCGAGACGUGAUGGAGCCUCUGUGUGAGCUGCUCGGGUCUCAGUGAAUUCCCAGGACCUCCUGUGAGCUGGGAAGCCAGCUCGCAGUGCAUCUCACAGCGCGCAGGAGGCUGCAGCCCCCUGUUCGUGCAGGCCUUGAGCCAGUUUGUAUUUCCCUGGAGGGACACAGCAGAUGGGCCAGGGACUGAGUGAGCAGCGAAGCAGGUGUGGGAAGUGUGAAGGUGAUCUCGGGUUUGCAGGGUGGCCUCAACAAAAGAUGGACAAAGGAGCUGGCUUCCUAGAGGCCAUGACAGGGACCUCAUGCUGGCACAGAAGGGUGCCCCUGGGCUCCAGGCUCCUGAGCUGGCAGCACUGCAGGGAGAGCUCCAUUCACAUCAAGCUCCUUUCCUUGGGCAGGAGCCCAAGGAGCUCCGCCCCUGGGUAAAAAGCAUUUGCUGCAGCUCAGCUCCAUUCUCAGGCCACACUUUGGGGAGCCAACCUCCCCUGGUCACCUCCCCAGCCACGCUCCUCCCUCUGUGGACACACACGCCAGGUCCUCAGCCAGCUGCCUGCACGGGAGCAGCUCUGUGCUGUGGAGAGACUGGCUCUGGGGGGACAGGUUUCAUCCCAGCUCACAUCACAUUUGCCCAGUGCCUCAUGUUUUAUGGGUUUUGUUCCUCCAGUUCUGUUUCUGAAACACCAGCUGGAGUUUGGCUGAAGGGUCCUUUCUCAACAGAAGGCUUUUUGCAGUUGAUCCUGGGCACCAAGUCAAAAUAAGCAUUUAAGCGGAGAUUUUUUUUUUUUUUAAAUGUAUAUGCUUUGAAAAUUGAGUUUUUAGCCAGAGGGUUUUACUGAAUGUUAUUUUAAGCACCUUAUUAUGCCUCAAGAGGGGAGCCCUUGCGUGCAGUUAAAAGAAAAUGUUCUCAGGACACUUGGUCUUCUCAUUGAAAGGGCAUUUUAAGGGCAUUUUCUCAUUGGUUUUACCAUGAAAAUCCUGUGGAGACUUUGGAAAGAAAAUGCAGCCUUAGAUUUGCUCAUUAAAUACCGGUUUCCUUUCCAA